CAAGCCGUCAGUGCAAGCUCCGCCGUCAGUGCCGACGCCGCGCGACACUCGGUCCGACCAUCGCGUAGAGCUGCUCGCCGGUGUCGAGUGGAGUGCGCCGACGACGGGCCCGUACGCUGCGAGGCCUCGCCCUAUCGCCAGAUCUGAACCAAGCUUGAUUGUCGACGACAACAGGGAAAAUUUGACAUUUAAUAUUUAUACAGACGAGCAUCGGACAACUACGGUUCCUGAAGUUCCUGCGGACUUAUUACUUUAGUACAAAAAAGAAUCAUGGGACUGCCUAAGUUCAAGAUCAUGCUCCACAGCCACAUCGAGGGUCAUCUGCGGCACACCACCAUUUGGGAGCUGGCUCAGGCAAAGAAUAUCGACCUAGGUUACAGCAGCCUCCAAGACAUCAUUAUGAAAACCCAGCCGGAGCGAGGAAGCACCCUCCAAAACUACCUCAAGGAGAUGCCGAAAUUUCUCAGGGUUGUGGCGGGCGACCGCGCCGCGCUGGAGCGGGUCGCCUUCGAGGUUGGCGAAGACCAGGCGAACCAGGGCGUGCUGUACAGCGAGAUGCGGCUCUUCCCCCACCUCAUGGCCAGCCAGCACACGCUGCUGAAGCUGAGCGAGGGACCCCAUUCAGUCCGCACGGCCGCCGACGCAAUCGACGCGGUGCUCGAGGGUUUCCGGCGAGCCGAAAGAGAGCACGGCAUCAUGCUCAGGCUGGUACUGGCCUGCUUCAGGGACAAGCCGGAGUGGGCGGAGGAAGUGGUUAGCCUGUGCCACGAGUACCGGGACAAAGGUGUCGUCGGAAUGGACGUGUGCGGAGUGUUUGCCCCCAAGAGGACAGAGACCGAGGGAGAGGAGAUCCUGCACCCUGACGUCAUCAAGGCAUUCCAGAGAGCAGCCACCCUGGGCGUGCAUCGUACGGCGCACGCGGGCGAGGCGGGCCCGGCCAGCAAUGUUUCCAGGGCCAUCGAAGAACUGCGUACGGAGCGGAUAGGGCACGGCUACGCCGCCAUGCGCGAAGGCGGCGCCCCCUUGCAGCUGGCACUCGACAGGGGCAUCCACUUCGAAGUGUGCCCCAACAGCAGCUACCUUACUGGAGCCGUUAGCCCUGGAGAGAGGCAUCCCAUGCUGUGUCUACGGGACCACUGCGCCAGCUACUCUCUGAACACGGAUGACCCGACGAUCACGCACACGAGAAUCUCGGACGAGUACCAGCUCGCCCUGAAGCUGGGAUUCCGGCCCGAUGACAUCCUGGAGUCGAACCGCGCCGCCAUCGAGGCAUCUUUCUUGUCGCCGGAGGAGAAGAGGGAGCUGCGGAACAAGUUCGAGAGACUCAAUGCCUCUUCGAGCUCGAGUUGCUGUUUCUACGAUUCCAGCCCGAGAAAGAGUGUAAAAAACGGAGACGUUUCGCCGAACCAGUUAGGACCAAAGAGUGUCGUAUUUAGCCAUUAAUACACAUCGAAGACAACGGAGCACCUCCCUCAACACCCUGUCUCCUACGGAGAAAUGAAUCAAUAAAUAACUGAAACGUC